GGGGCCGGGGCGGGCCGAAGCGGUCACGUGAUGUUUGGGUGCCGGCGGCAGGGCGCAGCCUCGCGGCGACGGGCGCGCGGCGACAGAGACGAUACUGCUGAGACGGGCCUUGGGUCUGUUAGGCUAUUGCUGCGUGGUGGUGAACUAGUGGAUCCACAGCUCAAGGAAAUAAAAUUGUGGCUUUGAAGUAUAAUCCUGCAUCCAUUGCUAUCUAGAAAAUGUCUUAUGGAUCCAUUGAUGGGAGUGGAUUUGGGAGCAGGAAUCCAUUUGGAGGCCCUUCAAGACAAGGCUAUCAACCUCUCGCCACCCAGAUUGAUCCCAGCGAACUACAGGAACUUUUUCAGGAGACUUCAGCCAAUGUCUUCCGAAUUAAUUCCAAUGUGACUGCUUUGGAAAGAAGCCUCCGAUCUUUGGGGACCUCAAAAGAUACUCAAGAGCUGCAGGAUGGACUUCACGCAACCCAGCAAGAGACUAAUAAAACCAUCACGACGAGCACCAAAGCCAUCAAGCAGCUGUCUGAGGUUGUCAGAGGCUCAUCCAGGCAAGAGCGACUUCAGCUGGACAGGCUGAAGAACCAGCUGUCAGAUGCCAUCCAGAGAUACGGAGCUGUGCAGAAGAAAAUAGCAGACAAAUCCAAAGCUUUGCUUCCUACUGGGCAGAGAAGUAUCAAGCAGCAGAGCCCGAGGACCCCCUUCUCUGACCUGCCUGAUGGUGAGAAGAUCUUUAACGGAGGAGAUGGCAUGUGGCAGGACCAAAGCCAGGAUCAAGCCUUGCUCUCGGAAAUCACAGAAGAGGAUCUGGAGGCCAUCCGUCAGCGGGAAGAGGCCAUUCAGCAGAUUGAGAGUGACAUGUUGGAUGUGAACCAGAUCAUUAAAGACCUGGCCUCCAUGGUGCAUGAGCAAGGAGACACAAUAGAUAGUAUUGAAGCCAACAUUGAGACUGCAUCUUCUAAUGUAGAAUCAGCCAAUGAGCAGUUGGCAAAAGCCAGUCAGCACCAACUACGAGCAAGGAAGAUGAAGUGCUGCCUUCUCUCUGUUGCGCUGGCUGUUCUGCUGUUCAUCGUUAUAAUUAUCGCAGUCUCAGUCAAGCACUGAUCUGGCUACGCUUUCCACAGAGCCUGUGAUCACCUGUGAAGUGGAAUGGAUUCUCAAGGCAUUUCACAUUCAGGCCCUGCGUCAAUGUCUGCUUUACUGAUCACGUCAUAUUAAAAACUGCUAUAGACAACAAACACUAAUUGUAUGAAAGAAAAGCUAAGUUUUAUACUGUGUGUUAGUGUAAUUAUGAAUAUUUUUUUCCUUUCCCCCCCCCCUCCUUCAUUGCAGACGUUUUACCUUAUGUUACAGGUUUUAAUUAUGCCUCCUGUGUAUCUGGGGGAAUGCUGUUUGCCUCCAGAUUUGGUGUAGAAUGUGCUGUAAGACAUGUAGCUGUUAAUUCAUCUUUAUCGUUUGUGGUUUUAACAUGCUCCUGAUCUCCAGUUCUGCUCAUUUAAAGGCCAUGAAAGUCAACGUGUUUUGGUUGACUCUUUUUGUUGUUGUUUCUGUACAUUUAAAAAAUAAUCUAGUUGAGAUUCUCAUACUGUGCACUGCUGCUUUAGAAUUGCUCUGCUGGAUCUGAGCUAAGCAUUUCACAAGGUCUAUGUGCCAUUUACAACCAUAUCAAUUAGAUGCUUAUUUGAGCCCAUUGUAUGCAUAGAUCACCACACUUACUUAUGAGAAUCACUAGUGAAAAAGCAGGACAAAUAAACAUUGAGACAUAUUGCUACCAUUUUUUU